UGGCACAGUAUCUGACGUUGAUCUAGAAAAAUGCUUAUACAAGACAAUAUGGCAACCGUUCAAUGCCUGUAUGGGAGAGACAACUCUACUUAAUGAAGUAUUUGACGAAAUUGAACAGAAAAAAUUACAUUCAGUUGAAUCAGAUGCCAUCAAAAGGGCAGAACAAUGCGCGCCUUUAAUUCGGUCUAUAUGUGCAUCUUAUAUACGUAAUGGCCUGAGGACCGUCGACAAAUCAACUUACAAAGUGCAUCCUCUUUACGUCGAGCGCUUAAGAGCCAUUGCAGGAGAUAUUUCAACGGAGGAUAUUCCAUUUGAAGAGCUUCAUGGAAGACUAGAUGAGCUCAAGGAAAUAGUACCUGAAUUCGAACAUGAAAUUGGAAUGAUACGAAAUUUGGGCGAUAACUUCACAAAAACUCUGCCGGACCCUGGAAGUGCUGUCAAGCUUCUGUUUCGACCAGAAUGCUUACCAAGCUAUUUCAUGGAUUCAUUGACCACAAGACUUUUCUACAAGGCAGGCACCGAUGUUAUUGAAAGAGCUGUUAAAAAGGCACUGGAG